AUGUCUGGAAAACAGGUUAGCCAGCACACCAAAGAGUGGGUGCUCGGACCGGAGAGCGAGUAUCGGUUUGAGCUCGACCCAAACACUUCGUUGGCUAUACGGCUUCUUCGCGGACGGGCGGAGAUAUUUGGCGCAGAACUAGCUGAGGGUCAACCGUCGACGGAAUAUGUAUCAGAGGAGACACCAAUGUCUGCUUAUGCGAAUGUUCAUGUGGCCCUUGAGAAGAUGCGCUUACGCGCCCAGUGUGUUGUGAACGGCUCGCCCCCACCACCCGGUGACGAUGAUGGGAGUGAGCCCGAACCACCUCGCAUGCUGAUCCUAGGGCCGGAGAACUCAGGCAAGACUAGCGUCUGCAAGAUUCUGACGAAUUACGCCAUCCGAGCCGGUCAGGACUGGGAGCCUAUGUAUGUAAACGUUGACCCGGGCGAGGGCGGUUGGGCCGUCCCGGGUGCGAUAUCGGCAGCCUCUGUGUCUGCCCCUUUACCGACCGCGUCACCGGCCAAUCCUCUUGGUAAUACAGCCACUUCUUCCCCUUCAACACUUGCCACAAAUGCCCUCUUGCCCCUGGUAUACUGGUACGGCCAUUCGGACACCAAACGCAACCCUCUACUAUUGGAGCGUUUAAUCCGUAACCUCGGUGACAUGGUUAGCGAACGCAACGAACGUGAUCCAGAGGCACAGUUGGGCGGCAUCAUUGUUGAUACGCCGUCAUCCUUUGCUUCGUCUAGCCUUGUCACUGGAGCAGAUCAUCGACACAUGCUCAUACGCGCCUGCGUCGAUGCUUUCAAAAUCAACGUCAUUCUUGUGGUUGGUCACGAGAAGCUGAAUGUAGAAAUGCAACGCACUUUUGGGAACCGGAUGCAUGUCGUGAAGAUCCCGAAAUCCGGAGGGGUUGUGGAGCUAGAUCUCCAUUACCGUACUCGAGUUCAAAGGUACCAGAUGCACAACUACAUGUAUGGACAGGCCUUCACGCCGCCCGAGGGCCUUGGACUGAUGAUCAAGGGGACACCCGGAGGAGAGAGCGCCUUGGAGGAACAUCUUGCUCCAAGUAGCGUGGUAAUCUCAACGGAUGAUAUAGUCAUAUAUCGUAUCGGGGAAGAAUCAAUGGCUCCUUCAUCAGCCCUGCCGAUUGGUGCAACUCGAACAGUUUCGGAAAUGGUUCCGGUCAAGAUCGAUGCUGCAGUCUCCGGUGCUCGCCUCCAAAAUACCGUCAUCGCUCUCCUGGCUCAGCCCAGUAAUCCAGAAGAGCGUGAGCGCUAUGAUGAGGAGAUCUUGGACAUGACAGUGGCGGGUUUUCUUGCUGUUACCGGCGUGGAUGCUAAGAAUCGCAAGUUAACGGUUCUCUCGCCCAAUCAGGCUAUCUCCUUCGCAGGCAGGACUGCCAUUGCAGGGUCAUUGGAAUGGUCGGAGCAGCAAUGA